GAACGCUAUUUUCUAAACAGACGAAAACACAUAUGGACGUUGACAUUCAUAGCAUGAAAAAUAGGCAGCUGAUCUUAGAAUAUUCACUAUUUGGAUUAUAUAUGUGAAUGAUUUUUAAAUAAAUAAUCAGCUGGUCUGUAUAUAUAUUUGCAUGUAAUAAAGGAUAUGAAAGUAUAAGAGACGAUUUCAGACAUGGCGUUUAUAUCGAUACAUCUACGCAGACGACCCGCGUAAAAAUAAUACUGUAGAUAGAGAUGUAGGCGAGAUGUAAAAAGUUGACCAAGCAUGAGUUGCAACAAAGAUAACGCAUGCAUUUCGGUGCGUUUUCAGAUCGAUCACGUCUCGUUAUAACAGAUAGGGAUCUAGGUUAUUUAAAUCAGCUGUUGAAUGUAUGACAUAUGUUUUGUUUCAUUUUGUUGAGUCACAUCGGUUCUGUGAUAUGUCAGAUGGAAUAACGAAGUAACAUCAGUAAGUUCAAUGACCGUCUUCCGACUGAAUAUGGCUGAGAAUAAUCGUAUCUUAUAAAAAAAAGAAAAGAUAAAGAACGGAGAAGUUAGACUUGCAAGAAGAAAUCAAUUUUGAUAAAGUCACGCUGACACAAUCCUCAAAUAUUGAUAAUUUAUAAUAUCUAUUGAUAAUCUAUGUUGGAUAUAUAUUGGAUUCUUCAAAAUAGUGAGUUUGUCUUACAAUUCUAUUUCUUUAAAUAGAAAAUAGAAUGAUACAACAGUCUUAAUGGAUCGUUGCAAGAAAUUCUUCACCAGAAGGCAUACCGAACCCUGUCUUGAUGAUUUAGAAACUGAGUUUGAAAGAAAAGAACGAUGGAGAAGUAUAUAUGCAAUUUACUUUACAAUGUUCUUGAUGUCUCUUGGCUUCAGUAUUAUAUUGACUGGUGUUUGGCCAUACUUAGACAAGUUGGAUCCUACAGCAGGAAAAGAAUUUAUGGGAUAUGUAGUGGCAGCUAAUCCACUGGGACAAAUGUUGUUUUCACCUCUGGUGGGUUGGUGGGGCAAUAAAAGAGGAUCAGUCAGAUUACCACUUUUAGUGACCCUAGCAUUGUUCACUUUAGCAUCUGCAGCUUACAGUAUCCUUGAGGUGAUACCUGGUGACAGAAAAAUUUACAUGAUUGUUGCCAGAUUCUUCGUUGGAGUUAGCUCCGCCAACAUAGCAGUAGCAAGAUCUUACUUAUCUGCAGCUACAAAACUUUCAGAACGUACACAUGCAGUCUCCAUGAUAUCUCUUGCACAGGUAUUGGGUUUUGUAGUGGGCCCUGGACUACAAGCUGCUGUUACACCUCUCGGAGACCAUGGUAUUACAUUUAUGAUGCUGCCUUUAAACAUGUACACAACGGCUGGUUGGAUUAAUGUAAUAAUGGGUAUCUUUAAUUUCAUUUUGUUCCUCCCGUGGAAUUUCAAGGAACACAAAAUCGCCAUAAAGGAAGCCAUGCGUAACGAGGGAAAGGCUACUGAGAAAGAAACUUGGAAGUCCUUAAAACCUGACUACCUAGCAUCGUGGACUUUAAUUUGCGCAUUCUUCGUUUUGGUAUUUAACUUCGUUCUUCUUGAAACAUUGGGUACCUCUCUCACCAUGGAUCAAUUUGCUUGGACCAAGCAAGAAGCAAUGUACUACAUGGGAAUAUUGAUGAGCGUCGGUGCCAUAGUAGCAUGCAUCACAUUUGCCAUGAUUGGACCACUCUGUAAGAGAUUCGAGGAACGUAAAGUGAUGUUAUGGGGUGGAUUCUUCUUUAUGGUGAUUGGACGAGUGUUAUGCAUCCCAUGGGGUCCCAAUCUUCCUAAGAUUGCGGAUUUCGGACCGUACAAUAAUAUCACGGAAGACGUCAAUGGUACAGAGAUUGUGGGCUGUCCAAUUACUCAGGAAUGGUGUCUGUACACUCCACAAAUCACGGUUACGCAAUUUCUUGUUGGUUACGGCUUUACCGCCGUAGGUUAUCCCUUAGGAGUCACUCUGAUACAGACGAUAUUCAGCAAGAUUCUUGGACCGCGCCCGCAAGGUGUGUGGAUGGGUUUAAUGACAGGUGCUGGUUGCGCAUCUCGCGUCAUGGGUCCGGUUUUCGUUGGUUUUAUUUACACUCGCUUAGGUACAUAUCAUACAUUUGGUGUUACCGGCGUGAUGUUAAUCAUCUCCAUGUUGUGGUUACAACUUGUGAAGAAGCGUCUGAUUCCACCAGAGUUGAAGAAAGCCGAAGAGAUGCCGAAUGAGAACGUAAAGGAUGUCGAAACUCCAUUAGUACAUUUAAGAUCUGAUAGUACUCAAGCAUCGCCUGAACUUCGGAGGUCUAACGGCACAUCGAGCGGUGAUAAGGUAUAACAAUCGUUGACGGAAUAAAUUGAUCUUUCUUACGGGUGCAAUAAUGAUACGACUGCCACUACAAAUUGUAUAUAAAGUAGCAGGAGACAAUAUUGCAAUCAUGAUGCAAAUGGAUUUUAUAUUUUUUAUGAAUAUAUACAUAAUACUACGAAGUUACUAUUACGGAAAUUAUACAUUCUGUUUCAAUGCAAUGUAGAUAUUUUAUACAAUAUUAUAUAUUUUGUUUCGAAUGUGAACAAGACGAGGAAUACGCUUACUCGGAAUUGUUAUUAAUUUUACUACAUUUACAAACAACUUUAAACUGCUUAUACACGUUAGAUACAAUUACAAAAUGUUACUUGUAUUAUAAAGACAAGCUUGCCAUAGAUAAUUUAAUCAAAAGUGGCAUUUACCGACUAUUCUUAUUUUGUUUUCUUGAAGGAAAUUGUCAAUUAUUAAAUUAAUAUAAUUUUACCGGAGGAAUAGUUGGUAGAUCAAUUUUGAUACAAAUGACUUUUAUAUACAUACAAUUGUAUUAUAAGUACGGAUUAUAAGUUGCGGAUAUGUACAAAUCUAUUAAGCUGCCAUAAAAAUGAUGAUUACAUUUAAAAAUUUUGCGAAGUUACUGAAAAUUGACUAAUCGAUCGACUGUUAGUCUCAAAGAUUCCUACUUGUCAAUUUUAUACUGCAAAUAUCAAUAUGACACAUGUUUUUGCUCAAAAUAUAUUUAGAUGUUAAAAUGUUUAGAUCGUUUUGUUUUCCAAUAUUUUAUUAAUUUACAUAAAUAAAUGAAUGAAAUGGUCUAUCUUUCAUCUAACUUAAAGAAUAAAGUCUGACCUAAAUUGAAUAGAAAUCCAAAAAAUGUAGCUUUAAUUUAGGAAAAAUGAAAAAGAAGUUCAAACGAUGCGUUUAACAGAUAUAUAAAUAUAAUAUUUUAUAUCAAAAUGAGUACUUCAAGAGAGAUUAGUAUAAAGAUUUAUAAUAAAAAUAAUACAA